GAUGAAAGUGGUGGUGAACAAGUCCUAAUUCGGAAGUUGCCAUGAUGAUUGGUAUAGAUCAAAGCAUGGAUGCAGGAAUAGAGUGAAAGAGAUGAGUGGAUUUUUGUUUGGUGUGUAGAGAGAUAGGGUGAAGGAGGUGAAACAGGCAGUUAAAGUAGCUUUCAAAAUUCAUAUCUGGCUGGUCAAAACCCACUACCACACCGAGAAAGAGGUGGGAAAGGACAAGGGAGGAAGGAGAGAGAGAGAAUGAAAAAAUUAACAUACAUGGGUGCAUCGCAUAGGGAUUAUAAUAUUUAAUGUUUUUGUCCCUGAAUCCUUGCCAGAAACAGUGAAAACUCACGAAAGUUUAGGACUUUUGAGGCCAGCACCUUCAAAUCUUCAAUCAAAGAGGACCCAUCAUUUCCUUUUUAAUUUUUUACCCUUUGAUGGAUCCCAAGGGCUCAAAGCAGGCACAGGCACAGGCACAGGCACAGGAGGUGGUACCAAACUUCCUGAGCCAACAACAACAACAAGGUAACAACAACAUGGGAGAGAACAAGCCAACAGAGGUGAAGGAUUUCCAGAUAGUGGCUAGUGGUGGUGAGAAGGAUGAGAGCAAGAAGCAGUUGGCACCAAAGAGGAGUUCCAACAAGGACAGGCACACAAAGGUUGAGGGGAGAGGGAGGAGGAUAAGGAUGCCUGCUUUGUGUGCAGCAAGAAUCUUUCAGUUGACAAGAGAAUUGGGUCACAAAUCUGAUGGGGAAACCAUCCAGUGGCUCCUCCAGCAGGCUGAGCCAUCCAUCAUAGCAGCCACUGGGACAGGCACAAUCCCAGCCUCUGCUCUUGCUGCUGCUGGGAGCACUGUUUCACCACAAGCUGCCUCUCUCUCCUCACCCUUGCACCAAAAGAUUGAUGAAUUGGGAGGAGGGGCCAGCAGUAGGACCAGUUGGCAAAUGGUUGGGGGGAGUUUGGGGGGGAGACCCCAUGUGGCCACCACAGGGCUAUGGCCCCCCCAUGUCACUGGAUUUGGCUUCCAAACAUCAUCUAAUGCCACCUUAGCCACUGAGAGUUCCAAUUACCUCCAAAAGAUUUCCUUCCCUGCUGCCUUUGACUUGCCCUCUGCCACCAACAUGAGUUUCACCUCAAUUCUUGGUGCUGGGGGUGCCCACCAGAUGCCUGGCUUGGAGCUUGGUUUGUCCCAGGAUGGCCAUAUUGGGGUCUUGAAUCCUCAGGCCUUGAACCAGAUUUAUCACCAGAUGGCUCAGCCUGGUAGAGUUCAUCAGCAUCAGCAUCAGCAGCAGCAACAAACUCCUGCUAAGGAUGAUUCACAAGGCUCAGGAGGACAGUAGAGUGUUUUUUAUUAAUGAUUUGGGUGAAAGGAAGAAAGAAAGUAGCAUUGUUCAGAGGCUCAGCUUUCUACAAUGGCUUUUGUGUUGUAUAAUUGGGAGGCUGUGAGGAAGAAAAAAAUAGGUGUAUUAUCAGAGAAUUCAAUAGAAGCUAAUGGAUUUGGUUUACUCCCCCUUGUUGUUCCUUCUCCCCAGUGCUCAAGUCUCCAGAUACAGGUGGAAUUGCAUGGCCAGAUGGCUUGGCUGCUUUGUCUGGCUGGCCUUAAACUAUUGUUUAAUUCAGAGGUGUGUUGAUUAUUUUGUUCUUCUCUAGGUCAGGAUGGAGUGCUGUGCUGAUCGCUUGGUUUGUUUGUGAAUUUGAUGAUAUAGUUUCAUAAUCAUAUUUGUCAAAUUUCAUAUUGGAUCUGGUAUUAGUACUUUGUCAUCUGGGAAAUUUUAAUCUUUGUGUGGAAGUGGAACAGCACUUGCAAAUUACAUCUGUGAAUCCAUCUA